AUGAUCGUCUUUCUUAUCUUAUCUCUUGUCUUUAUAUGCCUGAGGUUUUACUGCAAAGGCCUCAAGCAGGCAAGAUCCUUCAUAGACGACUAUGUCUUGAUCGUUUCCUGGGUGCUCAUGGUUGUCCAAGCCAGCAUCAUACUUUGGACAACGAACUAUGGGCUGGGAAGGCGUCCUAGUGAUCUCAAGGGUGUAAAUGUUUUACCCUUGAUCAAGUUGACGCCGCACGCAUUGUUCUUGGCUCUCAUCGCAGCAGGCCUUUCGAAACUGUCCUUCUUCAUCACCUUGAUCCGAGUUGCUCCGAAACGAUGGCAGAAGAUCGCUCUUUGGGUUGUGGCAAUUCAUUCCACCAUCUUAGUGGCCGGCGGAUCCAUCAUAGGUUACGUCGAUUGCAACUUCUAUCGGAGACCAGACCGGCAACAUCCCGACCACUGCCUCUCCGAAAGAACAAGUAAGAUAUUGGCUCUCACCGUCUUGAUGCACGGGGCUAUCGUGGAAUUCUUUUUAUCUUUCGUGCCCACCAUGUUGCUCUGGAACCUUGAAAUGAAGCGGCGAGAAAAGAUCGGUCUCAUCUGCGCUAUGAGUAUGGGAAUUAUUUCCAGCAUCUUGGCAGCGUUCAAGACAAGGGACCAUUGGGAGGCUGUUUUCGGGCAUUCACUAACUGGAAUGCCUGAUACGUAUAUCCUAGGACGCGAGGCACUAUUUGGCAUCACGGAGAUAUGCAUGACCAUAAUCGCCGCUUGCAUUCCCUUCUUGCGUCCGUUGCUGCACAAGUUUAUGUACGGCAAUAGGUCCGAUAUGCCCGUGGCUUUGAAGGUCUUUACUGGAAAUAGUAAAGACACCUCCAGCAUGGGGCAUCCGCACACACGACUCAGAAGCUCCUGUGAGUCUGCGCAACAUGGCCCCCAAGAGGACGAUGCUGUUGCAAUCCUGGCGGUGAAAAGUAUUCCAGAAAAUGACGGCCAGGACGCAGAAUCCAACGGGUCAGGAACCAUUGUGCGCAAGACUCAUGUGAGCGUACAAUAUGAUGCCAGGGAGCUAGACGAGGAGCAAGGCCGAGGUCGUUAUCACGUGGAUGUAUUUGGGCCAGGUCAACACCGAGAUUCCAGGAAGUGA